AUGAAUCUCUCUUCUCUCAGUUUUACCGCUCAGCAUCUUGUUGCUCCUCUAUAUUCUACGCUUCCCACUGCUGCUACUAGGGGCAAAAGUGCGGAUAGUGUUGCAAUUGAAGGUCGUAAUCUUAAUUUUUCAUUCACCGCGAGGCAAAGUAAUGAUGUGCAGGUUCUUAGAGAUUGCUCUCUUCGUAUUCCUUCAGGGCAGUUUUGGAUGCUUCUUGGACCCAAUGGGUGUGGAAAAUCAACACUCUUGAAGAUUUUGGCUGGUCUCUUGACUCCAUCUUCAGGAACAGUAUAUGUGAAAGAACCUAAAAGUUUUGUUUUCCAAAAUCCAGAUCAUCAGGUGGUGAUGCCUACAGUCGAUUCUGAUGUUGCAUUUGGUCUUGGUAAAAUCAAUUUGGCCGAUGAUGAAGUCAGAUCCAGGGUGUCCCAAGCUUUACAUGCUGUCGGUUUAGCUGACUACAUGAAGAGAUCUGUCCAAACUCUGAGUGGUGGCCAGAAGCAGAGGGUUGCCAUUGCUGGUGCUCUAGCAGAAGCUUGUAAGGUUCUGUUGUUGGAUGAGCUCACAACGUUCCUGGAUGAAACUGACCAGGUUGGCGUUAUCAAAGCUGUUAGAAACUGUCUGGAUACUUCUGAAGAAGUUACAGCAUUAUGGGUCACUCAUCGUUUGGAAGAACUAGAGUAUGCAGAUGGUGCAAUCUACAUGGAAGAUGGAAAGGUAGUCAUGCACGGAGAUGCGGCAAGCAUAAGGCGUUUCAUCGAAGCCAGACAAUCUGCCUAUAUUAACCAGAUUAAUUCUUAA